AGAUUGCUUCUUUGGUGAAAUUGAAGGAAAAACUUGGUUAAAUGGUGUAAAUCCGGUGUGUAAGUUAUCGCCGGUCAAGUGAAUGAACUUUUUACGAAACCGACCGAGCCAUCGACUACAUCAUCAAAAUUUCGACGACGGAUCGUAAGGAGGCAAGCUGGUGUACGUUUGUAGAUGUUGUCGUUCGUUGGUGUGGAAUAAACAAGUGGUGUGUAGCGUAAAUAAUGUCCAAAAUAUGAGGAAGACGUGUUCAGUACGAUGUGAUCUCGAGCGUUUACCAUCAGCAGGCGUAGUGGAGGUGAAAUUACGGCAACGGUUCGCGGUAGUGUCAGCAGGUGGAAUGGAAUGAAACAUCACAUUCGAAGAAUUGGGCAAUUUAAAGAUGGUAACUUGCAACGUAUGGACCCGAAUUCCGCAGGAAACGCUAUGAGAUGCAUAUAUCCGAAUCACGCCAGUCUUCAAACACCAUCUUGACAAAAUGUUCAAAAAUGACAGAAGAGAAGCACAAAAGACAUGGCAUGAAUGGAAAUGCUGAUGGGGUUAUUAAAGACGAGCCUCCGAAGACCAGUUAUGUGCAGGGAGGACGACUCAAGUUUUUCAAAGAUGGAAAAUUUAUUCUGGAAUUGGAAAGGGCCAGAGAGGGCGAACGGGUCUCAUGGGUCUCCGUUCCGAGGAAAACAUUUUGGCCACCUCAAGGCACUGCCGCCUCCACACCGUCAUACAGGCAAGAAAGCAGUGCUUCAUUGAGUGUUUCAGAUGACAAUAGUUCGAUCCAAUCGUCCCCUUGGCAGCGCGACCACUCGUGGAAGCAGCCGUCGCCCCGUCGCAACCAGUCGAAAGAGUUGGUGUUCUUCUUCUGGCGGCCGAAACACAAACGUUCUUUUAGUAAAAUUGGAAAGUCACGUCGUCCGUACACAGAAAUCGACGAAGUGAGUGUUGUGAAUGAAAGGACUUCGAAAGAUGAGGUGUCAAAUAACAAUUGCAAAAGUCGCGUGCGUGCUUCCUUGCUCGACAUCGUGCAAAACCUGUCGGAGAAGUCGUCGACGGGCGGCGGCGCGAGUCGCAGCGAUGUUGUUGUCUCUCCGCGAAAACGCUUCUUGCGCGAAAUGGAAAAGGACAAGGUGCAAUCGGAGGACGGUUGUCAGAAGAGGAGCAGGAACAAGACGCCCCAGGUGACUGCGAAAAUUGGCAGUCCGGUCAGCGCGAACGGGGUUACAGAAGAUGUGAAGCCGGCGCGCAAUUGCAGCUACAGCAUCACUUCCUUGUUGGCUGAAGAUCGUAACGUUAAACGGUCACCUAGCAGCUCUCCUAGUCACUUUAAUACUGUGACGCAACCGCAGUACUGUUCGCCUUCCUCAGAGGAUAGGUGGUAUUCGGAAAGCGUUGAUAGGUUGCGUUCCAUUGAACUCUCAGCCGAUAAAAGAGGUUAUCCUCCUUAUCCUCAUCCUUCAUACUUACCCCAUUUGAUGUACCCUUACCCUCUCUCACCAUACUAUGGCCCCGGCGUUUACGGAAGAGGUUACGUAAUGCCGCCUGUCUACCAUGCUCCCCCAAUGUCCAUAGCGAUGCGUCAUGAUACUCCUUCCUGUUCUUGGGCAGCGGAUCCUCCCAGGGACUUGGAACGUAGGGAUGAUAAUAUAACAGAUAUGCCGUUGAAUCUGUCUAAACACGCCGGUUGAACCGGACACGUGCCUUCCAUUUGUUACAACUACAUAUAUCAAUAUUUUUAUAUUAAAAUAAUUUUUAUCCUCAUAUCGUUCUAUUAAACGAAGGAACAAGACGGCAUUCAAAAAAUUUUUCAUUAUUUCGAUGUUAUUUUGUUGUGUGAUACAUACUUUGUGGGUAAAUAUUUUGUUGUUUUGGAAAAAAUAAAAAAACGAAAAAAAUUAGAAAAAACUGUGUGGUUUUCAUGUGUAAAAAUAGUAAAUAUUUAUAGCUUUAAAGCAUACGAUUGUGCAAUUGACAGCUGAACAAGCAAAAAGUGUUAUUAUGAUUGGAGGUGUAUCCAAAUUUUCUAAAUUCGCUUCUGUUUUAUUUGGUAUAUUUUAAUGGUUAGUUUUAUAUAUUUUCUGUUUAAUCGCCAAAUGUAUAUAUCAACAGUCAUUUUUGUUAUUUUUGUAAAUAUUACCUAAUUAUAUUUUAGAACAUAUGUUAAUUUAUCAGUGUGUUGCUAUUUUGCUCGUACUUGCCUUUGCAUUGGAAUCCUCUUUUUUGAUAGAAUAUGAGGGUCUAGAACAAUUCGUCUUUUUACCGCAUUAAUUCGUCAACAUGUUACUAGUCUUUAUUAAUGACAAAAGUGAUAUUAAUUAGAACAAACUUAUGUAAUAUUUGAAAUCUUGGAAGAAAUUGAAAAAAAUUAAGAGAUAAUUGUUUUUCACUUUUAAACAGUUAAUGCAAGGGUUAUAAAAGUUUUCAACAUAUUGUUAUUAUAACCCUUUUGUUUGUUUUCAGUUAUUGCACUAGUCCAAGGUUAAGGCAUGUAUGAACAGCCCCAGGAGUAAAUGUAUUUUGGCAAUUACAAAUUUAAAGCUAUUCGUUUUAUACUUAUGCAGUACAAUCUUCAAAUUAUUUUUAUGAAUUGUUCAAGUUCCUUAUUUUUACUUAUGGUUGAAAAAUGUAAUUUUGAGAAACUAAGUUGUGUAAAUAUUUACGUGUGACAUUUUACCACUAAGAUAACAAAUUUGUAUAAAUAACUAUUUUCGUACGGUUCAUUCUUUUUGAAAAGAUUCAACGUGUAAUCUUUAAAAGACAAUAGAUAGGUCUAUGUAAAAUAUAUUUUUUUUAAUUAGGAGACUCUAUUUAUAGUCAGGAUAUUUAUAGAUUUAUUUCUUCAUAUUUAAUAUAAUUAUUAUGUAGAGUAUUCAACAUGUUUUUGUGCCAUUUGCUAUUAACAUAAUGUUCUUCAAAAUAAUGUAUUUUUAAUGGUGCGAUUUAUAACUAAAUUACGUUAAGGAUAACUUAUGAUUACAGUUAUAAUUAUUUUUAAUGCCAAAGCGAGUAUUAACUCUUUUGAGAUCAUUUAGUUGCCUUGUUUUAUUUUCAUGUUAAUAACAUUUAACACUUUAUAACAUUUAUUGGCACUUAACUUAUUGUGAUAUGAGUAAAUAUUGAAACUUGUGUAAUUACAAGAGUCCAACCCUUGAACUGAGUAUUUAUACUUGUAUUUCUAUGAUUGAUUAAACUCUACAGUGUAUAUUGUACAUUCAAAUACACACAUAAAAUAAUCGA